UUUAUUGCUAAUUUUAAAUUUACAUACUUUGUAUGCUAAAUACAUUGGAAUCCAACCAAUUGUCUUAUUGACGUUAAAGUUUUUCUGAAACAAACUACUGAGAGAAAUGAUUAUAGAAAGUAGUUGGUAGGUGUAGUUGGUAGGUUUUACUAAAUCUACAGGUACCAGUUGGCUUACAGGUUAGUGUACGCCGUCAACGUUUUCAGUGCACAUGUCUAGACAUCGUAUUCUAUAUUUUAACUAAUAUCAACUUUUAUUUAUUAAUAUUAAUUGUUUGUUUUUAAUUAUUUUAAUUAUAUUUUUAAUUCAUUUCAUUUUAUAGUAAUAUUAAUGUGUUAAGUUCGACAAAAAUGAACCCGGAUACUAGAAAAAAAACAGAAUCAGCAUUAAGUGAUUUUCCAGAAAAUCAUUCCAAUAUAUCCAAUAAUAGUCAUAAUUAUCAAAAUCAAGUACAAGAUUCUAAAUCACAGUUAAACAACAAUAACAACGAAAUCGAUGAUUCGUGGAUAAAACCGAAGAAAACUUUCAAAAAUGCUUUACCACAAAUAUUAGCUGUAUCAGCUAAAAAUUGUCUACUCUUAACCUAUGGAAUGACGUUGGGACUACCAACAAUAGCUAUUCCAGCUUUAUAUCAUACAUCAGCAUCAAAUAGCUCUAGUUUUAGACAUGACGAACUGCUUCAACUCAAUAAAGAACAGACAUCAUGGUUCAGUAGCAUAAAUUUAAUAUGUGUUCCACUAGGAUGCAUAAUAUCUGGAACUAUCACUCAACCUUUUGGAAGAAAACCUAGCAUGAUUGCACUAACUUUACCAUUUUUAUUAGCUUGGUUCUUAUUUUAUUAUGCUUCGACAGUAAUUGAGCUCUACUUAGCUUUAGCACUUUGUGGUCUUUGCGGUGGCUUGUUAGAAGCUCCAGUGUUGACAUAUGUUGCUGAAAUUACAGAACCUCAUCUUCGAGGAGUGCUUGGUGCUUUAUCAUCAACUACAGUCAUACUUGGAUCUAUAUCGCAAUUUAUUUUGGGAGAUUUUCUACACUGGAGAAAAGUAGUACUUUAUAACACUAUCGUACCUGUAAUUGCAUUGAUAUCGCUAUUACUUAUACCAGAAAGUCCUCAUUGGCUUAUAAGUAAAGGCCGAAUUGCAGAUGCUGAAAAAUCUCUUUGUUGGCUUCGUGGUUGGGUUAAACCAGAUGCCGUACAAUAUGAGCUAUCAAUGUUAAGUAAAUCAAUAGCAUUAAACGAAGAAAAAGUUAGAAUGAAACAGAACAAAAAAUUUUAUAGUUUUUAUAUGAAACGAACAUUUUUAUUGCCUUAUUUUAUUAUAACUGCAACUUUCUUUUUUGGAAACUUUGGUGGAAUGAGUACAUUGCAAGUGAAUGCAGUCCAAAUUUUUGAAACAUUGGGAUCUCCAAUUAAUGGUUACACGUCUACAUUAAUCCUUGGAAUGGCACAAUUGUCGGGAAGUAUUAUUUGCCUUAUAUUAAUUCACUGGACUGGUAAACGCCCAUUGACAUUGGUAUCUACACUAGGAACAUCCUUAUGUUUUUUCGUCGUGUCAGCAUAUGUAUUCACAAAACAAUACAACGAGCAAAUAAUAGCUAACGUCACUUGGAUACCGUUAGUGUUUUUAAAUAUGGCUGCUUUUAUGACGCAUAUUUCCAUCAGGUUACUGCCAUGGAUGUUAAUAGGAGAGGUAUACCCACCAAAUAUUCGAGCCUAUGCAAGUGGGGCCAGUGGUUCUAGUUCCUAUAUAUUUGCUUUUAUUGCUAAUAAAUCAUACUUUAUGGUACUUGAUCAUAUUAACUUAUCUGGGACAUUUCUUUUAUAUGCUAUAGUAAGUAUUGUUGGAUGUGUUGUGUUGUACACAAUGAUGCCAGAAACAGAAGGAGUACCUUUAGAGGACAUACAAGAACAUUUUGCAAAUAAAUCUAAAACAUUUGUUAUAAAAAUUGAAAGAAGCGACAAAAUUAGAAGAAAGAAAACGUGGGCAAUAAGUAAUCCUGCUUUAGAAGUAGAUCAAACAGAAACCCACAUAUAAUUUUAAUAGUUGAUUAUUUAAUUUAUUUUUGUAAAGUGUGACGCAAUAAACAGUAAU